GGCGGCGCGCCGCGCUUCCUCCGCGCGCUGCAGGCGCCGGGCAGACCCGAGGCGGUGCCCACGCGGGUGCCCACGCGCGUGCAGGAGCCGGACCUGCGGCAGUGGGGCCUGACAGGGAUUCAUCUACGCCCUUAUCAACUGGAGGGAGUCAAUUGGCUAGCCCAGUGCUUUCAUUGCCAAAAUGGCUGUAUCCUGGGAGAUGAGAUGGGCCUGGGUAAGACCUGUCAGACAAUUGCUCUGUUCGUUUACUUGGCAGGAAGAUUAAAUGAUGAAGGACCAUUUCUGAUUCUUUGUCCCUUGUCUGUCUUGAGCAACUGGAAAGAAGAAAUGGAAAGAUUUGCUCCAGGUCUUUCCUGUGUAACAUACGCAGGUGACAAGGAGGAAAGAGCCUGCCUUCAGCAAGACCUACAACGGACAUCACGUUUUAAUGUGCUGCUGACCACCUAUGAGAUCUGUUUGAAAGAUGCUGCAUUUCUAAAAUCCUUCUCUUGGAAUGUUCUUGUUGUGGAUGAAGCUCACAGGUUGAAAAACCAAAGCUCCCUGCUGCAUAAGACACUCUCAGAGUUCUCAGUGGUCUUCAGUCUCUUGCUCACUGGGACGCCCAUCCAGAACAGCCUGCGCGAGCUGUACUCCCUCCUCAGUUUUGUGGAGCCCGACCUCUUCUCCAAGGAGCAGGCAGACGAUUUUGUUCAGCGCUACCAGGACAUCGAGAAGGAGUCCAGAUCAGCAAGGGAGCUACACAAACUCUUGCAGCCGUUUCUGCUGAGGCGGGUGAAAGCCGAGGUCGCUGCAGACCUUCCCAGGAAGACAGAAGUCGUGAUGUACCACGGCAUGUCCGCGUUGCAGAAAAAGUACUACAAAGCUAUCCUGAUGAAAGACCUAGAUGCAUUUGAAAAUGAGGUGGCAAAGAAAGUUAAACUUCAGAACAUCUUAUCCCAGCUUCGAAAGUGUGUGGAUCACCCGUAUUUGUUUGAUGGUGUGGAGCCAGAGCCUUUUGAAGUUGGAGACCACUUGAUUGAAGCUAGUGGGAAGCUUCGCCUGCUGGAUCAGCUGCUGGCGUUCCUGUAUUCCAGGGGCCAUCGGGUUUUACUUUUCUCUCAGAUGACACAGAUGCUGGAUAUUCUCCAAGACUACAUGGAUUACCGAGGCUACAGCUACGAGCGUGUGGACGGCUCCGUGAGAGGAGAGGAGAGACACCUGGCCAUCAAGAACUUUGGACAGCAGCCUAUUUUUAUUUUUCUCCUGAGUACCAGGGCAGGGGGAGUUGGCAUGAACUUAACAGCAGCAGAUACCGUCAUUUUCGUGGACAGUGAUUUCAACCCCCAGAAUGACUUGCAGGCAGCUGCCAGGGCUCACCGAAUUGGCCAGAACAAGUCUGUUAAAGUCAUCCGGCUGCUUGGUCGGGACACUGUGGAAGAAAUCAUCUACAGAAAAGCAGUCUCCAAACUGCAGCUGACCAGCACGGUCAUAGAAGGAGGCCAUUUGACUCUGGGAGCCCAGAAACCUUCAGCUGAGGCCGACCUCCAGCUAAGUGAGAUCCUCAAAUUCGGCUUGGAUAAGCUGCUGUCCUCCGAGGGGAGCACCGUGGAUGAAAUAGACCUGGAGUCCAUUGUGGGGACCACCAGAGAUGGCCAGUGGGUCUCGGAUGUCUUGCCUGCGGCGGGAGGAGGGAGCAGAGAGCGAGAGGAAGGAAGAAACCAUAUGUAUGUGUUUGAAGGCAAAGAUUACUCCAAAGAGCCCAGUAAAGAAGACAGAGCGUCAUUUGAACAGCUAGUGAAUCUUCAGAAGAGUCUUCUUGAGAAGACGAGUCAGGAGGGCCGUUCACUCCGGAACAAAGGCAGUGUUCUCAUCCCAGGCCUCGCAGAAGGAUCCACCAAAAGGAAGCAGAUCCUGAGCCCAGAGGAGCUAGAGAACAGACGGAAGAAAAGGCGAGAAGCAGCAGCCAAGAGAAAGAAACUGAUGGAGGAGAAGAAGAAGAAAAAGGAAGAAGUGGAACAUAAGAAAAAGAUGGCCUGGUGGGAGGCCAACAGCUACCAAUCCUUCUGCCUGCCCUCCGCGGACAGUGAGCCGGAGGGUGUUGCGGACGGGGCCGAUGACCGUGCUGGUGAGCUGGGUUUUGAAGACCCAGGUUCCACCUCCAUCAAGUACGUCAGCGGGGACGUCACACACCCGCAGGCCGGGGCCGAGGACGCUGUCAUUGUGCACUGUGUAGAUGAUUCUGGCCGCUGGGGCAGAGGUGGCUUGUUCACGGCUCUGGAUACGCGAUCGGCUGAGCCACGAAGAAUCUACGAGCUAGCUGGGAAAAUGAAAGACUUGAGUUUGGGAGAUACCCUUUUAUUUCCUAUUGAUGAUAAAGAGUCAAGAGACAAGGGACGAGAUUUGCUGGCCCUGGUUGUGGCCCAGCACCGCGAUCGCUCUGGCACCCUGUCUGGCAUCAAAAUGGCAGCCCUGGAAGAGAGCCUGAGGAAGAUAUUUUUAGCAGCAAAGAAAAGGAAAGCAAGCGUCCAUCUUCCGCGCAUCGGACAUGCCACGAAGGGUUUUAACUGGUAUGGAACUGAGCGACUCAUUCGGAAACACUUGGCUGCAAGAGGCAUUCCGACUUACAUAUACUACUUUCCUAGGAGCAAAGCUGGCACCCACUCCUCACAGCCCUCUUCCGCCUCCACCUAGCUGGUUCCCUUACAGUUGGCCCAGCAUCAGGUCCAGUCUUUCACAGUGAACGAUUAAGAUCCUUGUCCAGAGUGACUGUUAGAGAUUUUUUGAGCAGUCAGGAUCUGGCAGACCUCAGGGUUAGUGAACUUCCUGAAUUCUAAUUGGUUCCUGUGGAAGCGUUACCAUGAUCUAGUGCGUGGGAUACAGCACACUGGGAAAAGCCCUUUGGGCUCAGUUUGCAUAGCUGUAUAAUAAUAAAAUUUUUACCACUAAUAA